AUGAUUUCGGAAAGGCGUCAGGUGAAUGGUGGCGUCGGGCCACCACUGCCGCCGAGGCCCCGAACUCUUCGAAGACCCUGCGGCGAUCAAGUGUCCAUAACUUCACCGACGAUGCUGUACAUCAACACGAACGCCCAGUCCCCGUACUACAGCCAUAACGACGACAAAGCGCGUAGAGUGCCGCAGAGGGAUGACAUAGGAGACACCGUGAGACUGAUCGACGUGCUCGAGCGUACCUGUUGGCUCAACGUCAGGACUGUACUGCAAGAUGGAGAAAUUGAAAUUCAAGAUCUCAUCGCAUUUUUUGAAUGUGACAGUAGUGACUCUGGCCACGUAUAUGAGUCGCUGGAGCCGCCGCCGGGGCACACGGCUAACCCUGCCCACGCGCCGGCCCAGCCGCACCCUCCCCCUCUACCGCUUGAAGAUGACUUCGACUCGUUCGACAGCGACACCGACGAUGAAGAAACCGAUAAGUCUACGUACGCGCCUUCUGCACCAGUAUUACCGGCUUCUAGGCUACCAUCACCGCCCACCUCUGGGCAAUAUACGCUCACGAAAAUUGCCAGCGCAGCCCAGCAGAAAAUGAGGCAAAUCAAACGAAAUCUUACAAAGAGAUAUUCUGUGGCAAUGGACGGCAAACCUUUCACGAAAUCAAGUAACACACAAUCCAACAACAUCUACGGAACAAACAAGCCUAAAAAAUCACCUAUAUACGCUAACUGCGAGAAACAAGAUCUACUUUACACCAAUAUGAACCUCAACGACUCUCGGCCAGCACUCAAUAAGACUGAAACUCCUUUAGCAAAAGUGUACGGAUCUCUGAAAGAGGAAUUAAAGACUGUUAUUAUGGAUAAAAGAGCUAGUAACGGAGAUAUACCGCCUCCUUUACCUGAUAAACCACCGCCGGAGAGGCCGGACAAACCCCCGCCCGAAAAUCCGGUUACCCCAACCAUUGAAAAUGCUAAAAAAGAUAGUGGAACUUUGUCUAGGAAAGCUUACUUCUCAUUUAAGUCGCGUUUUAGAAGAGCGACGUCUUUGGCAGUGGAUAUAAACUCAGAUAUACCUAGUGCUUUAAAGAUCACCAAUUCCACGUUUUAUUUGACUGAUUCUAUGGAUGGAGAUUCUGGAUUCAGUAAUUGCAGCGACAACGGGCAGCCAGGCAGCACAGAGACCCUGUCGCCGAGCAGCGGCGCACGGCGGCGCGAUGGUAGGCGGCGCCUCGCUGAGUCCUCCCCUUGCCUAUGUCCCGCUCGCCCCGCUCUCCCGCCACCUCCCCCUCCACCAGGUCCUGUCGCACUGCCCUCGCCUCCGCCCGCACCGCAGCCUCCCACCGACUUUAGCGCUGUCAACGAAGAACUGAAGCGUCUACUGCCGACAUUGUCGCGCAAGGACAAAAGCCCGCGCGCGCGCACCUCCUGGUACGCCGAGUGCGGCGCCGACGCACCCGCCAACGCUUCUAACGCUUCAUGGUAA